CAUUAGCGAGAGAGAGAGAGAGAAAAAUACAGAGAGCACUAGUGUUGCGUCAAUAAGAAGACAGUGUGUAUAAAAUAGAGAGAAGUACUGAAGAAGAGAAGGAAACCUUAACGCGCACGCUUUUAUUAUCUUCUAUAUUACGCGACUGCGUUAGCGGCGGCGACAGAGCGUUUAGGGAUUUUAAUAAACCCUUCAUUUUAAAUGGUUCCUUGCUCCAAACUUUGGAAACAUAAUAAUCUUCACUGGUCUCAGAUUCCGAUGAGUGAGAAACUCGUCUUCGGAAGCAGCACUGGCGGAGACUGUUACUACCAUGGAGCAUAUGGAGAGUAUUUGGAGAAGAGACGGAUGUUUCUGAGGAGCUACCAGUUCUCCAGGAAACAGAGCUUCACUGAAAAGGUUACAAGAUCUGUGAGGAGAGUGAGGAGGUUUGCUUGGACGAGGUUGAGAUCAGUUAGGAGGUUGAAACGCGUUGUCUGGUCCCGACUCAGAACGGCGUUUUUCUACCGCCGAAAACGCUUUUUCCGUCUCCUCCACUUACACGACGAACCUUCUUACUGCUUCUAGUUUUAGUGUUAGGAACUCUUUAGUUGUUGUUUAUGUUCCGUCUUUGAUUAUGUUUUGUUAUGCUUCAGAUAAGUCAUUGUAUAAUCUCGUCAUUGAU